CCGACUACUGGGAACGACAGCGGAACCAUUGUUGCCGUGUCAGGAUUCGAACGGACUCUAUACAGUGUCGCACACUGUCAAAACGUAAAGCAACAACAGUGUGGCAGAGAAGAUUUUUAGGGGAAAACUUUGAGCAUCUGCAUGUUUAAGAGCAUCAGUUAGAUCCAGCUUGUGGCCCCUGUUGACGUUUCUAGUAUGGAUGGCAUGGUGAUGGAGGAGGAAGACGACUGCCCAGAGUUGGUGCCCAUCGACGCCCCGUCUGGUCUUCCUGCAGAGCAGAUACCUGUCACCAUCAUCACAGGCUACCUCGGUGCUGGAAAGACUACACUGCUGAACUAUAUCUUAACAGAACAACACAAAAAGCGGAUUGCUGUCAUACUCAAUGAAUUUGGAGAGGGCAGCGCCCUUGAGAAGUCCCUCGCAGUGAGCCAGGCUGGAGAGCUGUACGAGGAGUGGCUGGAACUGAGAAACGGCUGCCUCUGCUGCUCCGUCAAGGACAAUGGUCUUAAAGCCAUCGAGAACUUGAUGGAGAAGAAAGGAAAGUUUGACUACAUCCUGCUGGAAACCACUGGCCUAGCUGAUCCAGGCGCUGUGGCCUCCAUGUUCUGGGUCGACGCAGAGCUCGGCAGUGACAUCUAUUUGGACGGCAUCGUCACAGUCAUUGAUGCCAAGUACGGAUUGCAGCAACUUACAGAGGAAAAAGCAGAUGGACUCGUCAAUGAAGCAGCCAGGCAGAUUGCUGUCGCCGACCUGACCAUAAUCAACAAGACAGACCUGGUGAAUGAGGAGGAACUGGCUCAAAUACGAGAGGCGGUCAGGUCUGUAAAUGGUCUUGUCAAGAUUCUAGAAUGCCAGAGGUCAAGGGUGGAUCUCUCUGAAGUGCUGGAUCUGCAUUCCUUUGACAGUAAGGAUGGAGCAAAUCUAGCAGAGAAGCUCCAACUUGUGAAAGAUACAAGACCACAUCUUGACAAGAGUAUUUUAACUGUGACGUUUGAAGUGGCUGGAGAUCUCUCUGAGGAUGCCUUGAACGUCUUCAUCCAGGAUCUCCUAUGGGAAAAGAUGUUCAAAAACAAAGAAGGGCGACCCAUGACUGUCAUUCGGUCAAAGGGCAUAGUAUCAUUUGCAGGUAAAGCCCACCAAGUGAUGCUGCAGGGGGUCCACGAGCUGUAUGACCUGAAUGAGACUCCACAGCUCUGGGGGGAGAACCCGCGGAUCAACCGACUGGUCUUUAUAGGUAGGAACCUGGACAAGAACAUUCUGCAGGAACACUUCAUCUCUACGGUUUUGGAACGAGCGUAGAGGAAAUAGCUACAAAGUCUUAUGUCCUUUUUUCUUUUUUGCUCCGAAAACGGAUGAUUCUGGUGCAAACGUCGUGGCUUUGGCCAUCCAUUAAUCUGGGACUGUGUUUCAGACAUUCAUUUCUGUCCUAUAACAACGAGAGGUACGUCAGAAGAUGGUCAAACUCCCAGUAGUAGUCAAUACAGUAGUUUGAAAUUGCGAUAAUCUGCCACUACCUGCUUUAAAAGCUAUCAAAGAGUGUUUAUGUGGCUGUAGUGCCGAGAUAAAUGCUGCGUGUCACCCUGGAAACUUACACUGAACAUGACGUCUAAAAUGUGUACACACACAAAGAAGCAACAAAAGUCCAGAAAUGUAAUCAAUAUAUUGUUUUGUUUUUUGUUUUAUAUAUAGAUGGGCUUGUAAUAUCUGCCAUUUUAAAGGUUAGGAGCCCAAGCUCAAACUGUAGUGUGGUACAAGACUGUG